CUCAUCCCCAAACCUGUUCUCAUAAACUCGAUCUCGCAUAAUGUCUGCCAAAACAAUUAUUGUCACCGGUGCCUCGAGAGGCAUCGGUCUCGCGAUCGCCAAGUACCUCCUCACCUCCCCUCAAUCGCACAACGUCGUCGUGAUCGCUCGGAGUGUUGAGCCCCUCCAGAAGCUGAAGGAGCAAUACACCAAGCAGGUGGAGGUGCUCAAUGGCGAUCUUACCGAUCUGUCCAUCGGCCAGAAGGCCGUCGACCUAGCCCUCAAGUCCUUCGGCCGUUUGGAUGGAAUGGUUCUGAACCAUGGUGUGCUGGGACAAGUGGGCAAGAUUGCUCAAGCAGAUCCAGAGCAGUGGAAGCACGGAUUCGACGUAAACUUCAUCAGCUUUGUUGCCUUUGUCAAAGCUGCUCUUCCAGCACUUCGUGAGACGAAGGGCAAGCUUGUCUUCACAUCUUCCGGUGCUUCCGUGUCAGCUUACAGAGGAUGGGGUCUGUAUGGAGCAACCAAGGCAGCGAUGAACCAUCUUGCGCUUACCUUGGGCGAGGAAGAGCCUGACGUUACGACGAUCUCGAUUCGGCCCGGAAUGGUUGAUACCGAAAUGCAGCGCGAGCUGCGAGAAGACCAUGCUACAACACUGGAACCCCAGGUCCACUCCAAGUUUACUACGGUUCACAAGGAUGGAAAACUCCUCAAGCCGGAACAGCCUGGCCAUGUCAUGGCCAAGUUGGUGCUUGAUGGCCCCAAGGACUUGUCGGGUAAAUUUCUAUCGUGGAAUGACAAGGCUCUCGAUGCCUUUCAGGCAUAAAUUACAACCUAUCAGCUUAAUAGACAGUUAGCAUAAACCGCCUUUCGAGAAAAUGAUACAUAUAGAACAGUAAAUUGGGGUAGUA